ACAAAAAAAAAUGUAGGGAAAGAAAACAUGAACAAGGACAACAUUUGGGAGGCUGGAUUCAGAGAGACCUUUCUCAGCUAUUGUUUUAGGUGGCAGAAUAGUGUCAGGUGAUGACAGGGUCUAGGGUGGCGCCCCAGGUGGAAGGGGACAAACUGGUAACACCGAGGGUCGUCCUCACGCACUCUGACGUCACCCGUCAUCUGAGGGCGGUGGGGCUGGGAGAGGCAAAGACUAGUAUUAGCCGUCAUCAUCUCCAGUAACCAAAGGGUCGGACCUGGGAAUGUGUUUGUGACAGCCACCUGCAUGAGAAGAAUGUGCCCUGAGACUCAGGGAAGCUGGGGAUUUAGGUGGGGCGGCGGAGGCGUGUCCCGGUCGAACCGUUAGGACCCAAGAGGACGAGCUCUGGCUUCGCCGGCCCUGGUUCGUCACCUGCUAAGUAAAGACCCAAUACUGGGGACCCCACCUGCAUGUUGAAGGAGGACACAACGGGCAGGCUAAGAUGGGUUGGUCCGCGGAAGCCCGCGGUGGGAGGGAGGCUGUGAAGGCUUCCUGUUGUCCCGUUUCCACCAGGGCCCGGCCUGAGCGCGCUGUGCCGACCAGAGGAGGAGCGUCCGGGUUCUGCCGCUGCCCGUUGUCCGGGGAAAUUCCUGUCUGAGUCACAGGAUGGCGGCCGUGGUUCUGCCCCCCACUUGUGGUAAGUCGGGGGGCCCUCAGAGUCCAGGCGGUAAAGGCCCCUGCACCACGGAGCGGGAAAGGAGGGGCCGAGCGGUGAGGCCGGAGUGGAGCCAGAUGCCCGGGGGUCACCGGUCCCCGAUGUGGUUCUUGGGAUUUGGGAUUUUGGUGGUUUGAGUGUCUGUGGAGAUGUCACCUGUGUGGUGAGUAUGGGAGAGCCUCUGAACCGUCUCUGAUUCUUUCUAUAAACUUGGAAAAAUAACAGUGGUGUCCCUUGAACUUCAGUUUCUUCAUCUGUGAAAUGGGACUAAUAAUCUCUUCCUCCAGGUCAGUGAGACCCUUGGCCCUAUUUCCUGGCCCUGGGUCCUGGGUGAGACCGGGCCACUCUUUCAGAGUGUCCUCUGAAAGCUGUGUGUGUGUGUGUGUGUCCACCCACACUGUGUGGGGUGGUCAUGGGUGUGGCCGUGCGUGUGCGUGUCGGGGUGUGGUCAUGUGCAGGUAGGUGGGGAAGCCCCCAGACUGGUGAGUGCUGGCAUACAGAGCCGUCCUGGGCUCUCCUGACUCCUUUCUUCUUCUCCAGCUCAGCCUUCCCUGUACUCAGCCUCUCCUCGGAACGGACGCACGGAGGAGGAAGGGUUGGCUAAGGGCUUCCUGACCGGCUGGUUACCGCCCUGCAGAUGGAGGGAGAUCAGCUUGCAGGAUUUCACAGUCUCACUGGAAUAAGAGAAUCACCUCUGUGUUAGGGGCACGUUCACCGUGGGAGCGGGCAUAAGUAGACAGGGAGGAGCACCGCAGGCUGAGCCCAGAAGCGGUUGAGAGCAGAGCUCAGAACCCUGCCCGCACAUCUUGCGCUUUGGGUUCCCGGCCCCUGGUCCCAUCGUCCUCUGCCCUUUUCCUGCCCACUUGGCGGGGAUGGUCCUUGCCUAAGCCGUGAUGUUUGUGACGGUUCAGCACUCGGUGACCUUCGAGGAUGUGGCCGUGGAGUUCACCCAGGAGGAGUGGGCCCUGCUGGACCCUUCUCAGAGAACACUGUACAGAGACGUGAUGCAGGAGAACUGCAGGAACCUGGCCUCGCUCGGAAAUCAAGUUGGUAAGCCUGGUGUGGUCUCCAAAUUGGAGCAAAAAGAUAAAGUGGUGACAAAGGAGACUGGAAUUCUCCCAGGCAGCUUUCCAGAUUUGGAGACUCUACUUAGAGCCAAAGGGUUAACUGCUAAGCAGCAUGUUUUCAGACAAGAGCAACACAAAGGUGUAAAAAUGGAAAAAAAUCAUCUCGGAGUGAAAGUCAAUGAAUGUAAUCAGUGCUUUAAAGUCUUCAGCACAAAAUCUAACCUCACUCAGCACAAGAGAAUUCAUACUGGAGAAAAACCCUAUGACUGUAAUCAGUGUGGCAAGUCCUUCAGCAGUAGAUCCUACCUGACCAUUCACAAGAGGAUACACAAUGGGGAGAAGCCCUAUGAAUGCACGGACUGUGGCAAAGCCUUCAAUGAUCCCUCAUCCCUUAGGCUGCAUGUGAGAAUUCACACUGGAGAAAAACCCUACGAAUGUAAUCAGUGUUUCCAUGUCUUCCGCACUAGGUGUAUCCUCAAAAGGCACAAGGGAGUUCAUACCGGGGAGAAUCAUUAUGAAUGUAAGCAGUGUGGGAAGGCCUUCAGCACAAGGUCCUCCCUUACUGUGCAUCACAGAAUUCAUACGGGGGAGAAACCCUAUGAGUGCCAUGACUGUGGGAAAGCCUUUAGGAAGAGCUCACAUCUGACACAGCAUGUGAGAACUCAUACUGGAGACAAACCCUAUGAGUGUGAUCAGUGUGGAAAAUCCUUCAGCAGUAGCUUUUCUCUUACUGUGCACAAGAGAAUACAUAAUGGAGAGAAACCUUAUGAAUGUAGUGACUGUGGGAAAGCAUUUAACAAUCUCGCGUCUGUUAAGAAACAUGUGAGAACUCACACUGGAGAGAAACCCUACAAAUGUAGUCAUUGCGGAAAAUCUUUCACCACUAACUCUUACCUUUCUGUGCACAAGAGAAUUCAUAAUAGGUAGAUAGGAAUGCAGUGACUAUGGGAAAGAAUCCAUUGAUUUCUCAACCUCAGACAUCUUGGCAAUUCAUACUGGAUGCAGAAAUUAUCUUUGCAUAACAAAUUAACCCCAAAACGUAGUCCUUUAAAGCAACAAACCUUUAUUAUCUCACAAUUUAUGUAGGUCAGGAGUUCAGAAAUGGAUUAGCUACGUAAUUCUAAUUCUAGCUCCCUCAUGAGGUUGCCAUCAAUAUGUCAACUAGAACUACCAUCAUCUGAAGUCUUUAGGAAUGAAGGGUCCACUUUGAAGGUUGAUUAUUCACAUGCCUGACAAACUAGUGCCAGUUGUUGGCAUGGGACCUGCAGUCCCUCGCCAUGUAGACCUCUCCACAGUGAUGAGUGUCUUUACAAUAUGGCAGCAGGUUCUCUCCAAAUAAAGUGAUC